GAAAUUUUAGGGGGUUUUGUGGAACACCUGGAAGUUCAUGGGCUUUUUUUUAAUGAUUUCUCAAAGUUGUGGAACACCCUUAAGUUUUCUUUGUUUUGAGGCGUGAAGGGUUGAAAAUUAACCUUAAUGAUUCAGAUUGCGAAGAAAAUAGGAGGAUACACUGUAAUCCACGCUCAUUAUCAUAGUCAUGCGGAGCAUUCCAAAUAUCUCAACCAUGUAAACAUCAAUAAAUAUGCUAUCAUCUAUGAAGUCAUACUAUUUGUCUGCAUAUCCUUUAGGAAGUACCUGCCUCCAAUGGAUCCAAUAAAAGAGAAUUAGGGGAACCCAGAAAUGAGCUGACUAAAAUUAUCAUAGAGAUGAGGCUUCUUCCUUAUGCAUUGUUUCUCCUUCUCCUUUCCAAACUAGCCAUUGCCGAUUUGGGCUUCAGCCAGCAGACUGCAACUAAAUAUAGGAGAGAUGAUUUCCCGUCUGAGUUUUUUUUUGGGGCAGGGACUUCAGCUUAUCAGUAUGAGGGGGCAGCAGCAGAGGAUGGGAGGAGCCCAAGUAUUUGGGAUACUUUCACACAUGCAGGGAAGAUGCCAGACAAAAGCACAGGUGAUGUGGCUUCUGAUGGCUACCACAAAUACAAGGAAGAUGUCAAGCUUAUGAGCGAUCUAGGACUGGAAGCCUACAGAUUUUCCAUCUCUUGGUCAAGGCUUCUUCCAAAUGGAAGAGGAACUGUCAAUCCAAAAGGCCUCAAGUAUUAUAAUGAUGUUAUCAACGAGCUCACUGAACAUGGUAACAGUCCAUGGAGGAUUCUUAACUAAAAGAUUGCAUCCUAAGGCUUAUUAAAGAAAUGACAUUUUACAGAGAGCACAAAGUUUUAAUGUGAAGUAGAUCUCUCGAAAAGUGUGAAACACUUGAUACCAUACUAUCUAUAGAUGAGGAAAUUUUCAAAACAGCCCCAAAAAGAUUUUUAUUUUUCAAAAUCGACCCACUUUUUUUUUAUUUAUCAAAAUCGACCCACUUUUUGUCACGUGGGCUUAAUGAAGUUCCUAAACAAUCGGGGUUGACAACCCCGACUGUUUAGGAGGGUGUUAAACCCCAAUUAGAACCCUUAAACCCGAAAUUUUCAUGUCCUAAACAGUCGGGGUUGGCAACCCCGAUUGUUUAGGAAUUUCAUUAAGCCCACGUGGCAAAAAGUGGGUCGAUUUUGAUAAAUAAAAAACUUUUUGGGGCUGUUUUGAAAAUUUCCUCAUCUGCCCUAUAAUAGCGCCCAACUAUGGGUAGACCCCCGUAAUUAUAUUGUUUCAGAUAGACCCCUAAGUGACUUGUUUAACGCUUUUCCCAUCACGAGGGCUAUUUUGUCAUCAAAGCAAUCUCUAAAGGUAAAAGAGGCAAAAAAGUUCCAUUUAGGGUGGUCUUUCUGCAGCAAUAUAAGUACAAUGGGGUCUAUCCGCAAUUGGUCGAUAGUGUAGGUGACCUAUCUGCAAUUAACCCUAGCUUAGAUGAUGAUGAAAUUUGCACUUGGAAAAACUUGAUGUUUCCAAUCCUAAUUACUGAGCCUAACUCUUUUCUUCU